AAUGUGACAACAGUGUCAAACAGUUAAAACUAAAUACUAAAAUACUCCUAAAUAAUUCUCCUAACACUUUCCUAAUCUAGGUUUUAGUCACAAAAGUUAGUGCCAAUAGAAAAAAAAUACAGAGUUAUAAACGUAUAGAGGUGACAUCGAACUUUGGAAGCAACGAUAAAAUCACAGUGCCACAUUAACAAAAAAAAACAUUGAACAUUUUUUAAUAUAAAAAAUUAACAUUUUGGACAAUCAAAAAAAUUAUAGUGAUAAUUUUUCGUGGAAAAAAAAUUGUGAAAACUUUCCAAAAUUUUGGACUUAACGGGUGAUGUUUUAAGGAUGGAUCUCCACGCUCCGCAGUUGGUAGUCCAUUCUUAUGAGCCACAUGCCCCACUCCUGGAGGUGGAAGGACUGGAUCCUCACAGUCCUCAGCAGAAGGUGUUGAUACAUGCACCAACGUUACAAAGCCAGGAGUUGAUGAGUAGUGACCAUCGGAACGGAGAGUACGACUUUACAGAUGAGCAGUAUCACGCGCACAGCAGCAACCAGAGCGGAGACGGCCACGGCGGAGUAAAUCAACUAGGAGGAGUCUUCGUGAACGGCCGUCCCUUACCCGACGUGGUGAGGCAGAGAAUCGUCGAGCUGGCGCACUCCGGAGUCAGGCCGUGUGACAUCAGUCGACAGCUGAGGGUGUCGCACGGCUGCGUCUCCAAGAUACUGUCCAGGUACUACGAAACGGGCAGUUUCAAAGCGGGUGUGAUCGGCGGAUCCAAGCCGAAGGUAGCCACGCCGCCGGUAGUCGACGCGAUCGCCGCAUACAAGAGAGAAAACCCGACGAUGUUCGCCUGGGAGAUCAGGGAUAGACUCCUGAGUGAGGGGAUCUGCAGCCAGGAUAAUGUGCCUUCCGUGUCCAGUAUUAAUAGGAUCGUCCGCAACAAAGCGGCAGAGAAAGCGAAGCAGGCGCACAACCAGCAGCAGCAGCAGCAAGAACAGGAGAUCAGCUCGGCGCAGGGCAGCGUUGUAUCUGUGAUAACCCACGCAGGCAACGCGCCUGGCACGACAGCAGUCCUGUCUCCCACCACAGACCAGCACGUUACGAACACCGGCAGCUACAGCAUCAACGGCAUCCUGGGUAUUGAGCAGGUGGAAGGCUUGCAUAAUGGCAACGCGACGGGCUUGAAGAGGAAGAGGCAUGAAGACCAGGACGAGAACCGGGACUUCAACAGCCAUUCGGAAGACGACGUGAAAAGACAAAGAAGUCACUACAAUGGCGAUCAAAUAUACUCUAACCUCUGGUCAUCAUCAAAAUGGAGUCUGAAAGACGAAUACAAACUUCUAUCGGAGCUCGGCGGUGCUGCGGGAGGUGCCACUGGUUACUACGGAGAACUCUUCGACACUCCCUACGAACAUGCAGCUCACCCGCAUUAUACGCCGCAUUCAGCAACAAAUGACUCGACGGGUUCCAACGGAGGAGCGGGAGGAGAGCCCCCCUCGGCGGCUGCGAGUCCUGACGCAGCAGCACUGGUUGUCCUCCAACCUCCGGCGCCACCGUACCCUCCGUAUGCUCAUUAUGAUGGUACGACAACAUUAGCCAGUGAAUACGCGUACGCGGCUCCCUACUCACAGUACUCGCCCUACGGAGGACCCUACUCGCAUUCCGCCGCCACCGGCCUACUGUCCAAGUGGUAA